UUGGAUGCCAUGGAGAAGCAGCUCAGAGUUUUGUUACUGUUCACCGUGACUGGUAGCAUGUUCGGAGAAGGAUGCUCAAACGAGGCACACGGUUUUAACUUCACUGACGCAGGAUAUUGCAGCGAUAACAUGACGUACAGCAUGGGCAAGUGCUGGGGGACACUGUCUCACCUCAAUAUAACCAUAGACUGCGCAGAUGACAACACGGAACCCAAGACACUAUCCUGGUGUACAAGAAACAAGACAGGCUUUCCCCAGUGUGUUGAGUGGACAGAGCGGGAUAGAGUAAAGUGCCUGUCUGAAAUCUACGAGACGUGUUACUGUUCCCAGGAUGACCGCGGCCGGCCAGUGUGCCAGUGUGACAGGUACCUCUUCUGGAGGGUAUACCCCUUUAUCUACAUCUUCCUGGGGUUGUCCAUGGUGGUGAUUUACAUUGUGUGUCACAUUAUGAGGAUGUGUAAGAAGGAGCCUGAUGAUGAAAAGGAUGAGGACUUAACUAAAAUACCAGAGUAUGUGAAACAGGGUGAAAACAAUAUCUAGUUACCACGUUGCUAUAGUUACCACGUUGCUGUAGAUACCAUGUUGCUAUAGAUACCAUGUUGCUAUAGUCACCAUGUUGCUAUAGUUAUCAUGUUGCUAUAGUUAUCAUGUUGCUAUAGUUAUCAUGUUGCUAUAGUUAUCCUGUUGCUAUAGUUAUCAUGUUGAUAUAGUUAUCAUGUUGUUAUAGUUAUCAUGUUGCUAUAGUUAUCAUGUUGCUAUAGUUAUCAUGUUGCUACAGUUUCAACGUUGAUAUGGUUGGUUAAUGGUUGCUAUAUCAUUUAGUAUUACUUACAACAGCUGGAGAUGUAAAGAUUUUCUGUAACAUGGGUUACCAUAGCUGUAGUAACUAGUAACCAUAGUAGCUAUUCAAGCAAGGGCUAGGUUAUUUAUUAUAGUAACAAGUUAAACCAAAGUAGCAAUUCAACUUCAAGCAAGAGCUGGGGCUACUAUGGUAAGUACAUUGAAUUAGUGAAGUCAAUCCCGACGUCGGGAUUCAUGAAUCCCGGAUUUCCCGACGAUUUUCAGUCGGGAAUUCCCGACCGGAAUAUUUUCUCAAUUCCCGAUUUUCGGGAAUUUUAAAUAUUUGUGUUAUAUUUGCAAAUUUUAGAAUGUUCGUUGACUGCAAUAUAAUUAAAAAAUUGAAUUAAAAGUUUUAGUUGGGUCGUGGCAUAUACAUGAAAUUAAAAGUUUUACACGAAAUGGGACCUAAAGAUGAGCACCAUUUGCUUUCGGGAAUCCCGAUUUUCGGGAAUCUCGAUAAUUUUGCCGAUUUUCGGGAAUCCCGGGAUUUUUUUGGUCGGGAUUCCCGAAUUGAAUAUUUUGUUUAGUGAUUACUGAUUGACUUCACUAUAUAGAAUGUCACUAGAUACCAUAAAGCAUUAGUUGUAGUUUAAG